AUGACGAACGGCCAGAAUAGUAGUAACGCCCAAGGCGGGAAUGAGGGUACUACUGUACAGCAAGUCCAAAUGUAUGGUACUAUGGGGACUUUGGCGGAGUUCAGAAUCGAUGGCGACUGGAAUGUGUACCAGGAGCGGAUGGAGCAAUUUUUUCUGGCAAAUGGAAUUCCUGAAGAACGUAAAGUGCCUUUACUAAUAACAUGCAUGGGCGAACAAGCAUAUAAGAUGCUUAAGGAUCUAUGUGAUCCGGUGAAGCCAGCUGAGAGUACGUAUGAGCAACUAUGCACGGUACUGACUAGGCAGUUUGCAAAAAAAGUAUCGGUUUAUAGAAAAAGAGAGGAGUUUUAUAAUCUAAGACAGAAUACUAAUGAGUCCGUAACAGAGUGGUACGCAAAAAUGAAAAAUUUUGCAGCUCAAUGUAGUUUUGGAUCAAAUUUGAUACCAGCACUAAAAGAUAAAUUCACUACUGGGAUGAAGGAUGGUCCAAUCAAAGAUCGUUUGUAUGAAGAAGAAACGACCAAGGAUUUGAGUGAGUUUGUGGAAAUUGCAAUGAAGGAAGCAGCCGCAAUCAAAACAACUAACAUCGAUGUGCAUUCGAUUGGGAAAAGCAGGGAAGGAGCUAAGAAGAAAAAUGGUUAUGGUUCGCAAAAGAAACUAUCAACAACGAUGGGAGGCGAGAAGACUUCGAAGAAAAACUAUGAUAAAGCUUGUUAUGUAUGUGGCCUGACAAAUCACAAAUUUUCAGAAUGUAAGUAUAAACAAUAUAAAUGUAAAAAUUGUAAUACGGUAGGGCAUUUGGCAAAAGUGUGUAAAACAGUUAAGAAUCAUUUUGUGGAAGUUGAGGAGAAUAAAGUUAUGGAAAUGUUUCAAGUUGAGGUUAAAAGUGAAAAUAACUGCGGAUUAAGUCCUGUAAUGAUAAUGGUAAAAAUUGAAAAUGUAUCAAUUGAAAUGGAAGUUGAUUCAGGUGCAGGUAUAUCAAUAUUACCUGUAGAAAUUGUGAAAGAGAAGUUACCUCAUAUACACAUAAAUUCUACGGUGUUAAAGCUAAGAACGUAUGAUGGUUCAAUUAUUAAACCAACAGGAGAAAUUGAAGGAAAAUUGAAGUAUGGUGAAAGAGAGUUAUAUGGUAAAUUAUUAGUAGUAAAAAAAGGACAUAGAGCUCUGGUAGGUAGAGAUUUAAUGAAAAAAAUAGGAAUAACGAUUAUGGGUAUUUCAAAGAUUGAAGUUGAAAGCACAAAUAAGAAUAAUAAAUUAGAGUUACUAAUGAAUGAAUUUGAGGAAUUAUUUGAGGAAAAAGUUGGUAAAUAUGAAUAUGAAAAAGUGACAUUGAAAGUUAAAGAAGGAUGUACACCUAUAUUUUGUAAACCAAGACCAAUACCGUUUGCUUUUAAAAAAAAAGUUGAGGAAGAGUUGGAUAGGUUAGAAAAGGAGGAUAUAAUACAGAAAGUUGAGACUAGUGAAUGGGGUACUCCACUUGUACCUGUGAUUAAACCAGAUGGAUCUAUUAGAUUAUGUGCAGAUUAUAAGACUACGGUCAAUAAAUAUUUAGUAAAUAUUAAUCAUCCAUUACCAAGAGUAGAAGAAGUUUUUGUGGCGUUACAAGGAGGUAAAACAUUCUCUAAAUUAGAUUUUUUGAAUGCUUAUAACCAGUUAGAGUUAUGUGAAAAUACACAAAAACUAUUAGCUUGGAGUACAAGUAAAGGUAUUUAUAUAGUAAAAAGAUUACCUUUCGGUACCAAACCAGCUUGUUCAAAGUUUCAGAGUGUUUUGAAAAAGUAUUGUUAG